UCUCGCGGGAUUUCGCGAGGGGUCGCCCGGGGCCGCGGCGGGGUCGCGAGACGCGAUCAUGGCCGCCGAGGAAGCGGAUGUGGAUGUCGAGGGGGACCCUCCUCCACGCGGAAGCCAUGAAAACACAGCAUCUGCUUUACAGCAAGAUCACUACCUUGAAUCCACCUGGAGAACUGAUAAUGGCCUCAUUCCUUGGACUCUGGAUAAUUCCAUCAGUGCUGAGAACAGGGCUGUCAUCGAGAAAAUGUUACUGGAAGAAGAAUAUUAUAUGUCUAACAAAUCACUUCCAGGCAAAAUCUGGCUUGAUCAUAAGGAAAAUAAUAAAAAAUACACAAAAAGUCCACAAAAAUCAGGAAAACUCACGAUUCAGUCACCUACAAAGCCAGCCAGUCACUCAGUCAAGUGGACAGUGGGAGAAAAAGAGCUUUUUGAGCAAGGCCUGGCCAGGUUUGGCCGGAGGUGGACCAAAAUCGCAAAACUGAUAGGAAGUCGCAACGUUUUACAAGUCAGGAGUUACGCCAGGCAGUACUUAAAGAAGAAGACGAGUGUGGUGGGGAAGGGCGUGCCCAAGCUGGAGAGCCCAGAGGAGCGGGCGGGGGAGAGGCCCUGGGCUUCACUGGGCCCACAAGGGCGGCCCGACCCUCCCCUGAACGCCGUGAAAAUCGAGACCUUGUCCGAUGACGAAGAGGUGGACAUCACUGAUGACUCGGACGAGCUUUUCCCUGUGCCCCUGAGGAGCCCCAGCAACGUUCUUUUAUUCAAUGUUCCCAACAAGACGGACCCCCAGGGGGCCCCUCCUCCCGAGCGACAAGAUGGCGCCCUUUCUGCCACUCCCAGGAAUGACCCCCACGGCGCCUCUCCGGGGCAGAAGGAGCCGCUCUCCGCCUUGGGGAUGGCUCCUUGGCUGCAGAAGCCUAGCAGCAACGGUGGGAGAUGGGAGCAGAUGUGCCAGCAGGCGUCCGGUGCUGGCUGCAGUGCAGAAGGAAGCUCCUCAUCGGGGGCCGGCGAGCAGGGGGCUGGCCCGGGCCUGGGCCGGGGGCCGAAGGACGUCCUCGAUCACCAGGUGCUUUUCCCUCCCUCCUGCCAAGUGGACGAGGAGAGCGCAGAGGACGGGGAGCCCCUCAAGGCGCCCGAGCAGGAGGCAGAGGUCAAUAGAGGCACCAUUCAGGAGGAGGAGAAGCAGGCCAUCCCCGAGUUCUUCGAGGGCCGCCCAGCCAAGACGCCGGAGCGCUACCUGAAGAUCAGGAAUUACAUUUUGGAUCAGUGGGAAAAAUGCAAACCAAAAUAUUUGAACAAGACCUCGGUGCGUCCAGGCCUGAAGAACUGCGGCGACGUUAACUGUAUUGGACGGAUACACACGUACCUGGAGUUAAUAGGAGCCAUCAAUUUUGGAUGUGAGCAGGCGGUGUAUAACCGACCUCAGCCGGCCGACAGGACCCGGAUCCGAGGAGGAAGAGACGCUGAGGAAGCCUAUCAGCUAGCGCAGCGGCUGCAGUCGAUGCGCACACGCAGGCGGCGAGUGCGAGACCCGUGGGGCAACUGGUGUGACGCCAAGGAUUUGGAGGGACAGACAUUUGAGCAUCUCUCAGCUGAAGAGCUGGCCAGAAGACGAGAAGAGGAAAAGAGCAGGCCUUCCAAAGCCACCAGGGCCCCCCGGCUCCCCAGGAGCGCCUUCGACCCCUUCCAGCUGAUUCCUUGCAGCCUCUUCAGUGAAGAGAAGCAGGAGCCAUUUAAGGUGCAAGUGGCUUCAGAAGCACUUUUAAUAAUGGAUUUGCACGCUCACGUGUCCAUGGCAGAAGUGAUUGGGCUCCUAGGAGGAAGAUACUUGGAAGACGAGAAGGUGAUUGAGGUCUGUGCGGCCGAACCCUGUAACAGUCUGAGCACAGGACUGCAGUGCGAGAUGGACCCCGUGUCCCAGACCCAGGCGUCCGAGAGCCUGGCCAACCGGGGCUACAGUGUCGUCGGCUGGUAUCAUUCCCACCCGGCCUUUGAUCCCAACCCCUCUCUGCGGGACAUUGACACUCAGGCCAAAUACCAGAGUUAUUUCUCCAGAGGUGGAGCAAUGUUCAUUGGGAUGAUCAUUAGCCCAUAUAAUCGAAACAAUCCUUUACCAUAUUCCCAAAUUACCUGUCUGGUUAUAAGUGAUGAAAUUAGUUCAGAUGGCUCUUACCGUGUCCCUUACAAAUUCGAAGUACAGCAGUUAUUAGGAGAACCUCGAUGGGAAUUGGUGUUUGAAAAAACAAGAUGGAUGAUUGAAAAAUACCGGCUCUCCCCUAGCGGCGUCCCUAUGGAUAAAAUUUUUCACCGGGAUUCUGACCUGACUUGUUUGCAGAAACUCUUGGAGUGCCUAAGGAAGACUCUGGGCAGCGUGACCAACUGCCACAUCGCCGAGGAGUUCUUGACUCGAGUGGAGAAUUUGUUCCUUUCCCGUGAUGGAAGCAAACCCGAGCAGAGCACAGUUAGCAAGGGCCACCCCGCCUGUCCGCCCCAGCAGCCACUCUGACAGCGUUCUAGGUGGACACUCUCACUGGAAAGGUAAAAUGGCCUUGGGCAAAAUCCUGCCUGCAAAGUGCUUACACCUGCAUAUUGUUCUGGCAGCAAGAGCAGCUGUGACACCGGUGUUUUAUCCACCAAAGAAAUGCAGUCGCUCCUGAGCAGCCACAUGCAGCCACAGAGCUUUGGGCUCUCCCCACUGCGUGGCCUGCGUCCAGCUGGCCGAAAGCUGGUCCAGCUAUUUGUUCUGCUUCUAUUUUCAUUGACUUGGGAACUUUUUCACUGUUUUCCUCCGAGCCUCCAUUGUCCUUUCCGUUCAGACUUGUGAACUUUUUUUGUUUUGUUUCCAAUAAGGAAUGAGGGGAGGGGUCUUAUCUAUGGUGGGAUGGAAGAGAGAUUGAUAGGCAAGAGGUAAAGAUUCUGCACAAGAAGGUGUGGAGUUGUCUGCAUAGGUGCGUUUGCGAGCGUGUGUGCACUUUUUGCCUUAGAAAAUGAUCCAUUCAGGGACUGAAAGAAAUCAAGAGCCAAAGUCCAUGUGUAGCCACUUGCCAUUAAAAUAAAGGGAAAACUGAGGAGCAUCAAGUCAGGCUGGGCCAUGACUGUAGAAGAUUCCUAAUUCAGGAUUUCUCUUGAUUAAAAAUACUUUUUCUAUGGGCCCUAGUACUUUCUCCCUGUUGCUUCUGAGUAAAGAGCAAAGGACAAAAUAGGGCACCAGGAUCUGGAAUUCUGUGAUUUCUUUUUAUUUAGUUUUAUUUGAAUUCCUGGAUCCAUGCUAGGGUCACUCUGUGUUUGGGACAAUUUCUUAGACUUACUUCUUCUACAAUAGGGAUUGAUCAUCCAUCCACAGAAAAUUCCUGCAAGGCACUCAGUCACAUAAACCAAUUAUGUUUCUUGAAUAAUAUUUACUAGGGCAUAAAUUCUGAUUAGUUAAUUGAUUGAAAUUAGGGCAUUCUGCUUAAUCGUCAGUUACUAAGAAAAUUUGAUUAAUUCCAUCGUCCUCCCCUUCUCCCAUCCCCAGCAUCCUAAUUAAUAAUCAAUCAGCAGCUGUUUACAAGGUGCCAUUCUAGGUAAUCGGGGGCUUUACAUAUUAAUGUGAGAACAUCACUAGUGGCCAAAUAUUUAGGCAGGUUUAGUGAUAGGGUAUGAGAAGUGAACAGAUAAGCCCGUGAGAUGACAACGUAGAGUGUCCAAGGGGCAGUGAUGAGGGAUCAGCCUUGAAGGGUAGACUGAAUCAGAUGGGGAAGGAAGGCCUAAUUGAAUGCAGAGGUCAGUGGGGAGCCCCAGAAACUCCUUGAGCAGAGGACCGACCUCCUAUCCUUGCUUUAGGAAUGUGACUGGUAGCAAUGUGGAAGAAGUGUUAGGGAACAGCGAGAUUGGCUGCAUACAGCCAAUACAUACCCUGGAGAAGACCAUACUGCUCUAGCAAGUGGGGCAAGAUGAGGGCCCAGGCUGGACCUGCAAGAGAAUAAAGAAUUGAGUAUUUCAUUUCCCCCUAAGCCGGAUCUGUUAACAUGGAAUCGAGCCAACUCCUAAACUUUGCAAUAUGCAGACCUGUCCUGAGGCAGGACUCUCCUGAGCGGGAAAAUUUGGGGCAAAUCACCCCUUCUUUGGGCCUUAGUUUCUUUUCCUGUACACACAGGUUUGGAUUAAAGUAUCUCAGAGGACAUAAAGCAGUAGCACAUACUACUACAACUUUUCAGUAUGUUGUGAAUGUUUUAAAAUGGGAUGUCCCAUUCCCCAUCUUUACCCGACCCCAAAAAAACCAAUUAAGCAUUCUAGUAACUGAAUCCUUGUGAGUCCCUGAAACCUGUGGAGUACGUACGUCCCAGAGCCUUGGGACUGACUUAGGUUGUGGCUUGUGUCUGAGAAAGUCUCACUAGCUCAGGAGUCAGCAGGAAAGGUCGAGUUUUGUUUCAGAAAACAGGAGAAAGUCCUGACUGUACUUUCUUAGGCAGCCAUGCUCUUGGAUGGAGACUCCUCUCUCAUUUCAUGAAUCAUCUACAGGGGACAGUAUGUUUUAAAAACCAUGCAUUUAACUAAAAUGAAUUUAGAUUCUGCUGGAUUGCUGGCUGUCUUCAGAUCUGCGGCAUUCUGUCCCACAAUAGAAAAGCUUUCUUUGUCCUCCUGUGUGUAUUGCGUGUCCGUGAAUUCUCCUGCUGCUUUUUCCCCAAGUUCUCUCGGCACUUAGAGAAGGAAACCUCUCUUCAGAGCGCUUUGGGGGUGUCUGGCCAUUUUAUACAUGAAGGGCAAAGCUGUGCUGUAUGUAAAUAGUGUUUAUUUGUAAAGAAAUGCAAGGUCUUCAUCAAGAUGUCCCUUGUAAGCUACUGUAGAGUGCACCAGAAGUCCGAGUGAUCUCUCUGUGCAAGAGAUGAAGCAAAAGCUCCCCGAAGACGGCACUUGAAUAAAAAGAUGGAAAACCAAA